AUGCCCCGAGGUCUAGUGAACUUGGAUAACGUCUAUCAAAAUAAUCUUGGUACUUUCUCCAAGAUAAUUGAGGUGGUGUUGCCUGUUUUCUACCCCGAAAAGUUCUACAAUGAGUUGUUUGAUGCCAAAGAUAAAUCUAAGCAAGUUUUCUUUUCUAAGAUGGCCUACUAUGGAGAAAUUGCAGUUGGUGCUCUCAAAGCCAAGCUGCUACCUAGCAAAUCAGGUGGCGUAGCUGCCCUUGGUGUUUACAUUGAGGUGUUAGCUGUUUUAGAUCCUUACAGAGAGAAAGGUAUAGGCUCUCAACUUCUUCAAUACAUUGAAGACGAAUGUAAAGAACAUUUCCAGCAUAACAUUUACGUCCAUGUUGCUGCUAAUAAUGAAGAUAGCUUGAAGUGGUAUCAGAAAAGAGGGUUUGAAAUUGAAGGUGAAAUUCUUAAGGGCUAUUACAAGGAAACUGAUGGCAGCACAGAUGCAUAUGUUUUAAAAAAACAUUUUUGA